GCAGCAGCAGAAGAAGGAGACGGCGUCCUUUCCGUGUUUUGUUGUGUAGUCCCUGACAACAGCAGCCGUUAGCUCCAGGGAAAAAACACGGGAACAUGUCGGCUACCGAGGACGACACCGAGCUCCGGGACCUGCUCAUCCAGAACCUGGAGAACAACGGAGUCCUCAACAAGCUCAAGGCGGAGAUGAGGGCGGCCGUCUUCCUGGCCAUGGAGGAGCAGGACAAACUGGAGAAUAAAACUCCUCUGAUCAAUGAAAACCUGAAGAAGUGUCUCAACACCAAAGACGGUCGCCUUGUGGCCAGUCUGAUCAUGGACUUCCUGCAGGUCUUUAACCUGGACUUCACCUUGGCUGUGUUCCAGCCGGAGAUCAACUCGCUGCACGGUCUGGAAGGCCGGGACCUGGUCUGCAGAGAGCUGGGUCUGUUGGAGUCCGAGCUGAACAGGAAGUCCCCUCUGCUGCUGGAGCUGGUCAGGAGAGGACACCACAAAGACGAGCCGAGCGUCUGCACUCAGGAACCGUCUCAGAGACAGAUCACACACGCCCGCAAGAAAUAUGACUUUUAUGACAAGGAGCGCAGCGGCUUGGUUUCAAAGGAAGAUGUGAAGAGCGUCUUCGUGGAUCUGUUCCCCAGACUGAACAAGAACAUGUUGGAGAGGUUCAUCAGUGACGAGCUCAGAGCUGCUGACAAAACCUUCUCUAAAGCUGUAGACCUGCAGCUCUUUCUGGGGAUGUACAGACGUCUCUUCUCUCAGUGCAGAAGUGUGGUGGUUCAGGACUCUGAUGUCACCCCCCCCCCUGAGGAGAAGAUCAGCUCUCCACCUGUCAGUAAGAUCCCCAGGUAUAAAGGCCAGAAACACAGAGGGCAGAGUCAGACAGCAGCCAAGGACUCGGACUGCGUGACGUCUCUGGGUAGAGGAGACUUCCAGCAGCAGGACAGCAGGACUUCCACCCUCGCUGUGAGGAGGGAGCGUCUGGACUUGGACCUGGAGGUGGAAGACGACCUGGACGACGGAGACUCGUUCUUCGACGACCCGCUGCCCAAACCUCAGAAGACCUACGGCUGUGUUGUCCCUCUUAGGGAGGAGUGUCUGUCUGGGCCGGUCGUCUCCCCCAUGAGGCGAGGCAAAAGCCUCAGCGAUCUGUCUGUCCUGGCUGGUGACUCAGAGGGCGAGCGAGACGAUCCUCUGUCUGAACACAGUCAGAGCUCUGAGCUCAGGAAGGUGGAGGCGUCUGGGGCCAGAGAGAGUCCUGCAGGGUCCCUGUCUGAGGCUCCCAGACCAGGAGGGGGAGGAGGAGGGGGGAGCAGCACGUCGGAGCCAAGCCGCAGCAGGAACGGAGCGUCAGAGUCCAGAGACAGGGGCUCCAGAGACUCCAGGCCCCCCCCUCACAAAACUGGAUCCCUGCAUCUAGACGACGUGGAAUAUGACGACGACUUCAACAGUCAUCGUUCAGAUUUCUCCAGGAGCGAGUUGAGCAUCGGAGAGGAGAUCGAGGAGGUCUCCAUCGAGGGACCUGACACCAGCGACAAGGACACCACCCAGGACCUGAGUGUGUCCCAGCUCAGUCAGAGUCACGGAGCCGACUACAUGGAGGAGGUGGCCUGACGCUCCCAUCAUGCACCUCUCUGGGCUUUCCCAUCAUGCACCUGUUUGUAUCAUCCAUGUCUAAGUGUUUCACUGAGAGAAUAAAUUUUUUGAACCGAGA